AUGGCCCCGAUCACUAAGACUCUCGCCCUGACCGGCGCUUUCUUCGCUGCCCUCAGCUCUGCUCUUCCUCUCCAGAAGCGUGACAACAGCCCCGUCGUGUGGGAGACCGUCACCAACGUUGUCUGGACCACCGUCGAUGUGACCACCACGGUCAUCCCGAGCCAAGCUCCCACCGUCACUGCCCUGCCUGUUCCUGCAGAGACCACCAAGGCUGCCCCGGCGCCGGCUGAGACCACGUCUGCCACCAGCGCUCCCCCGGCUCCCCCGGCUCCCACCUCCGAGUCGACCAGCUCCACUUGGGCCCCAGUGCCAACUUCCCAGGCUCCCCAGCCUGCUGUCAGCGUUCCGUCGGUCAGCAUCCCGGCUCCUGAGCCCACCAUCAUUAGCACCACCUCGGUUGCUCCCGCCCCGGAACCCACCUCGUCUACCUCGACGUCCACCACCACCUCUUCCACCGCUGCUCCGGUUCCAACCACGCCUGCCACCAACACCCUGAGCACCAGCUCCGGCAGCAGCAGCGGUCCUUGCUCUGCAGGCUCUCCCUGCUCCGGUGACGGUACCUACUACGAUACCGCUACCACCAUGACCAACCCCAGCGCCUGCGGUACUGCCAAUGAUGGCAACACCGAGAACGUCCUUGCUCUGGCUCACGGUAUCAUGACCGACUCCGACUGCGGAAGGUCCGUCACCAUCAAGUACGGCGGCAAGACUGCCACCGGUACCGUCGUCGACAAGUGCAUGGGCUGCGAAGGUGACUCCAUUGAUCUUUCUCGUCACCUCUUCUCGGAGCUUGCCGACGAAUCCGCUGGCCGUCUCCACGGCGUCGAGUGGUACUUCAACUAA